CGGGGCAUGGCAUCAAAGGGCUUCACAGGUGCCCCCUUUGGGACUCAGGCAGCCAGGUUUUGUGGGCCAUUGACUUACUCAAAGGAUAAGAGACCUAGCACCCAUGCACAGAAGCCCAAUGGCAAAACAGUGUCUUCAGAUGUGGGGAAGACUUCGAGUUCAGGCUGGACGAAAGCGCAGGAAGCAGCAUGGCUUUCCCAAAUCCCCCAUUUCCACUUUAAGGAGAUAUGGAAGAAAACCAAAUACCUGAAAGACAGACUGGGACCAGGAACUUACAACAUCAAGGAUUUCCUGCAAGAGACCCGGCCUUCAAGUACUAGAGGUAUAUGUGACACCGGAGAAGAGAGGUUUAAAGACACCAUUAGGGAUUGCUACCCUGGCCCAGGAACUUAUGGCAGGAAUGGAAACCCUUAUGCCCUGAUAGAGGAGAAGGAAACAUUUUCUGCAAAAUCUCAAGGGAUCAUGGACAGCAGAACUGCAAAAUGCAUCUUCCCUUCUGCAGCAGGAAGCGGUUUGGGACCAGGCACCUACAAUCUCAAAAACAGCAUAGAUGAGCUGCUGAAUCGUGUGGUCAGUAAACGAGGUCCAUAUGACACUUUCUCUGGAGACAGGUCAAAGCCAGUUAUCUCUGGGCAUUAUGCUGUUGAGAAAAAACUCUAUGAGCCGGGUGCCAGCAAUCCCAAGAGCUUUGUGGAGGAGCUGGAGACAAAGAACAAUAAGAAGAAAGGUGCUUUCAGCACUCUUGCACAAAACCCAGGCUGCCCCACGGAGCGAAUCUUCUGGGCCACACUCAGCCAAUGUCCACGGGACACGUAUGCUGCAGGGCCAGGCUCCUAUGAUCCAAAACCCAUUGAGAGAUCAGAGUACGACAAUCAACCUCCAUUUUUGUCAUCUGCAAAAAGAUUUGACAGGAGAUCAUGCCGUCUCUUUUUUGCAAACUCCAAUCCUGUUGGCGUUGGCCGCUAUGACAUCACAAAACAAGAAAAAAGUGCUCGGAAGACAUACCGUUCGCUUUACCUGUGUGAUACGCAACGCUACCUGAAUGACCUGGAGCGGGAUGCGUGCUUUUUAGAGCGAAUCAAGCCUGUUAGUAAAAGCUAUUGGCACAAUUUAGCUUCUGCUUCCAGUGAGCCAGAUCGGUCUGCACAAGCUGCUGAUUCUUCUGAAAAUUAAGUCCAUGCUGGAAAGCAAAUAUUCGUGGAUAAAUUAUUAGAGAGAUGAGUUAUAAGACAACUGCAUACAGAUAAAGAGAUUGUAAAAUGACCUCCAGUUUUUCUCUGU